AUGAGACUACGACAAUCACGGACGCACACUUUGCUCCUCCUCUUACCCUCACUACGAGUUCUUGCCACAUCUGUUGCAGGAGAGACACUGAACGACAAGCGGGUCGCACGAGCUGCAUUGCCUGUCGCACUUCCUGCUUACACACAAGCUGCCAUCGUCGCCGAGGCCACGCCUGGCACAAAAGGCACCAAGGAUGCUCCGGUUGAUGGUUUAGACGGCAAGCCGCAUGCCGGCCCAUACGUCGACGAUACGCCCAAAGCCCACGAGAAGGCCCCCAACGUUGUCGAGGAUCUUGGAUCCCCCAAGAAGCCCAAGGCCUCUCCUGAGUCGGUCUUGGUGGACAAGGUCUUGGAUGGAGACAAGAGUGUGAUGCAGGACCCGGGCCGGAAACUGGCAACAGGCAAGACAGGCACCGAAGGCGGUGUGUCGGCAAAGGACAAGGAACGCCUGGCGCAUGAGGACAAGACUGGUUCGAAGAUGGAGCAGGUUCCCGAGUCGCCAAAAGAGGCACCUCCGCACCCUGCCGAUCAGAAACACCUGAAGGGAGAUGCCGAAGCUACAUCAACUGCCACUCGUGCACCCGGCGCCGGCGGCCUAGAGAAACCUACAGAUCUUCCCGACUCUCCGCAUGACAUUCCCCAUCCUGUUCCCGACUCGGUCACCAAAGAUCCCUUGGACCAGACGCUUCCUCCAAAGACGCCCAUUUCAACACCCGGCGGUGCUGACACCGGUCCCGUACAGCCGUUCCACUCCUUCGUCCUGGCCUUUACAAUGAUCAUCUUCUCGGAGAUCGGAGACAAGACGUUCCUCGUUGCUGCGCUCAUGGCUAUGCGACACCCACGACUCCUUGUCUUCUCUGCCGCCUUCUCCGCUCUGGUUGUCAUGACGGUUCUUUCUGCCAUGAUGGGCCACGCCGUUCCCGCCCUUCUCUCGGAGCGUUUCACCCACUUUGCCGCCGCCGCCCUGUUCCUCGUAUUCGGUGUCAAGCUCAUAAGGGAGGGUCUCGACAUGAGCCCGGAAGAUGGCGUUGGAGAAGAGAUGCGAGAAGUUGAGCAGGAACUCGAAGAGAAGGAACAGCUCGCACGCCGCCAAGGUCGCCGCAAGGCCUCCGUUUCUCCCUACGCCCUCGAGUCCGGCCGCGGCUCACGAUCAAACUCGCGACUUCCCGCCCCUGCACGAAGCCCUUCUACCUCACCCGACCGAGCCCCAUCACCACACAGAGGCUCUCUGACUAGCACAAUGGGUGCUGUAAACAAUCUUUUUUCUCUACUUCUCAGCCCUGCUUGGGUACAGACGUUUGUCAUGACUUUCCUCGGAGAGUGGGGUGACCGCAGUCAAAUUGCGACUGUUGCCAUGGCCGCGGGCUCCGACUACUGGUAUGUCACUGCUGGUGCUGUAGUAGGUCACGGUAUAUGCACUGCUGGUGCAGUCAUUGGCGGCCGUGCCAUUGCCGGACGAAUCAGUAUGCGCAAUGUCACUCUUGGCGGCGCAAUCGCUUUCCUCAUCUUCGGCAUCAUCUAUCUGUUCGAAGCUUUCUAUCUCGGGUAG